ACCUGUCAAUGCAUCCCUGCAAAAUUGGGAGCCUUCAACGAAAUGAGCAACACGUGGAGCUUGCGAAAAUACUCAUUUAGUGUGGAGCAGUUGAGUGAGACGCAUUUUGGAACGGACGAAUUUUCAUACUGUUUUAUCAGCGCGUUGUUUUUUGACAUAUUCAUUGCUGUAACUCAAUUUUGGGAGCGAAUAUCAAUUGUAUAGUUACCACGAAGCUGGAAAUUUUCCACCGGUGCAAUUGGUACUACAACUUUUAAUUGUGGCGACGAAAUUGUCACAAUAUUUUAUAUUGUGUACUUGUUCUUAUAUUACUGGACUGAGCUCGUGCACCAAUACUUAAGUCACGCAAUUUUUGAAAUACAUUUAUUGCCAAGAACAUUUAUUUUACAAGAAUAAUAUAUAAAUAAGCAUUUAAAGUUCAAUUACCUGUGCAAAAUACGGCAAUUGACUUCAACAUUUCAAUUAGUGCCAAACGAUCAUUUACAUACGCGAUUCUACAAUAAAUUUUAACGAUGGCAACAACAACAACCAAUGUGACCACUAAUGGAUUUACCAGUGCACCAGCUGAAUCGGUAAAGGUAGAAUCGGCAGAUGUUAGCGCAAAUGAAUUGCAGGAUGGCCUUUCAUGUCACGAGCUUUUCGUUAAUAGCGAUGGUUUGACCUACAAUGACUUUCUUAUCUUGCCUGGUUAUAUUGAUUUCGCCGCUGAGGAAGUGGAUCUGAGCUCACCAUUGACCAAGAGUAUUACAUUGCGUGCGCCGCUAGUAUCAUCCCCCAUGGACACUGUCACCGAGUCAGAUAUGGCUAUUGCCAUGGCGCUCUGUGGUGGCAUUGGUAUUAUACAUCACAACUGCACGCCAGAAUAUCAAGCGAAUGAAGUUCACAAAGUCAAGAAAUACAAGCACGGCUUUAUUCGUGAUCCGUCGGUUAUGUCGCCCGAGAAUACAGUUGGUGAUGUGCUUGAGGCGAGACGCAAAAACGGCUUCACAGGCUAUCCCAUCACCGCCGACGGUAAACUGGGUGGUCGCCUGUUAGGUAUCGUCACAUCACGUGACAUUGAUUUCCGUGAGAAUCAGCCCGAAAUUAAAUUGGGAACCAUAAUGACCACCGAAUUGAUAACUGCCCCUAACGGCAUUACACUGCCCAUGGCUAAUGCUAUUUUAGAGAAAAGCAAAAAAGGCAAAUUGCCAAUUGUUAAUGAAAAUGGUGAAUUGGUUGCGCUAAUAGCGCGUACCGAUUUGAAGAAGGCACGUUCUUAUCCGAACGCUUCGAAAGACAGCAACAAACAAUUGUUGGUGGGCGCUGCAAUUGGCACACGCCCCGAGGACAAGGAACGUCUCAAAUUGCUCGUCGAAAAUGGUGUUGAUGUAAUUGUUUUGGAUUCAUCGCAAGGCAACUCAAUUUAUCAAAUUGAAAUGAUUAAAUUCAUAAAGAACACUUAUACGGGACUACAAGUGAUUGGAGGAAAUGUUGUGACACGCGCUCAAGCCAAAAAUCUAAUCGAUGCUGGCGUAGAUGGCUUGCGCGUUGGCAUGGGCUCCGGUUCGAUUUGUAUCACACAAGAGGUUAUGGCAUGCGGCUGCCCACAGGCUACUGCGGUUUACCAAGUAUCUACCUACGCUAAACAAUUUGGUGUGCCUGUCAUAGCCGAUGGUGGCAUUCAAUCCAUAGGCCAUAUCGUCAAAGCAUUAUCAUUGGGCGCUAGCGCUGUCAUGAUGGGCUCGCUAUUGGCUGGUACUUCAGAAGCGCCAGGUGAAUAUUUCUUUUCGGAUGGUGUGCGCCUGAAGAAGUAUCGCGGUAUGGGUUCACUAGAGGCUAUGGAACGACGUGAUGCCAAAGGCGCCGCUAUGUCACGUUAUUAUCACACCGAAAUGGAUCGUACAAAGGUGGCGCAAGGUGUCAGCGGCAGCAUUGUCGACAAAGGUUCCGUUUUGCGUUAUUUACCCUACUUGGAAUGUGGCCUGCAGCAUAGCUGUCAGGACAUUGGCGCACGCACAGUCAGCGAAUUAAGAGCAAUGAUUUACAAUGGCAAAUUACGUUUCAUGAAGCGCACUCAUUCCGCACAAGUGGAGGGUAAUGUGCAUGGUCUCUUCUCCUAUGAGAAACGUCUCUUCUAACAAACAGCUGCAACAAGUGUGCGCACUGAUAAAGCGUUAAUCGCAAGCAAUGCGGUGCAAGUGCGCAAUGGUGGGUUGACAGCAUAUUUGCAAAGGAAUGGGGCGUACGAGUGCGGCGCAACGGCAACACAUAACAUAUAUAAUAGAGCGGCAGAUACAGCAACGGUACAGCGGCGUCAGCAGUAAUAUACAGAAACAAAAAUUAAAAAAAUU